GCAAAGAUUUUCGGCUGGCCAACAUUCAGGACGACGAGAGAGAGUGAGUGAGAGACGAUGAAGACGAUACUCUCUUCCGAGACGAUGGACAUCCCCGACGGGGUGAAAAUCAAGGUGAAGGCGAAACAAAUCGAGGUUGAGGGUCCUAGAGGCAAGCUCUCCCGGAACUUCAAGCAUCUGAAUCUGGAUUUCCAGCUGAUUAAAGACCAGGAAACCGGGAAACUCAAGCUCAAGGCCGAUGCCUGGUUCGCGUCGCGGAAGGCCACCGCCGCGAUCCGCACCGCCCUCAGCCACGUCGAGAACCUCAUCACCGGUGUUACCACGGGCUUCCGCUACAAGAUGCGCUUUGUCUACGCUCACUUUCCCAUUAACGCCUCCAUCGCAAACAAUAACAAGUCCAUUGAGAUUCGGAACUUCCUUGGCGAGAAGAAGGUAAGGAAAGUGGACAUGCUUGAAGGGGUUACGGUUCUCCGCUCGGAGAAGGUGAAGGAUGAAUUGAUUUUGGAUGGGAAUGACAUUGAACUUGUGUCUCGCUCAUGUGCACUCAUUAAUCAGAAAUGCCUUGUCAAGAACAAGGAUAUUAGGAAGUUCCUGGAUGGUAUCUAUGUCAGUGAGAAGGGAAAAAUUGAAGAGGAAAAUUAAGCGAACCCAUAAAGUCUGCUAAUUUUUCAAUUCCCUUUACAUUUUGGAUUAUUUUCUUGUUAAAGUUUAGACUUACUAUGGAGUUUUGGUAUUUCAGGACAAUUAUGUGCACCAUUAUGUUUAAAAUUUUGUGUUGCUUUUAUGUCUUUCGAAUUCUUCAUGAUGCGAUUGUUGUUUCUUUUCAACUUUGUGCAAGUAUUGUUUGGUGCUUUGGAUAGAAUUCUGAUCCUGUGCUUGGCCAAUUU